CCGAUGGAGACUCCGGAAAGUCUCGCAUUUCCGUGACUGAAACCCAGCCGGAGCUUGUCAACAUGAACACUGCUGUCCAUGCUCAGGAUACACGCACUGAUCAUUUAUUCCAUUUGCGUUUCAUACUGACACCUGUCGAGUUGUGUUGGAUUGCCUGAUUGGUGGUCAUCAUGGCUCGUGAGCGGCUGCACGAGAAACGCCACUGAGGCCCUGCUGAAAGACUCAGGAGCACAUAAGAAAUGAAGACGAAUGAUGAUCUGCAGGUUAAAAAGCGUGAUGAAUGCACACAGCCUCCCAUAGGUGAAGUCUGAACUUUUUUGAGUGAAUAACUUAUCAGCUUCUUUUUCUACAUGCUGACGCUGCCUCCAUGUCAGUAUGCCACUAUCAGACUGUAAAUAUGGGAGCAACACCCCAACAGACCACAGCCACAGCCUCCACAGCUUGCCCAUGGCUGAAAACUAUGGGAAAAGGCCUAUCAGAACGUUUUUUGACUUCAGGCACACAAACCUGCCUGAAAAUAUGGACAUCAAGUGGGCUCCCCUGUUGUCACUGACUAAUCUGCGAGGCUUCUCAAAAGUCAAAGUGGUGAGCUUCCUGCUGGGCUUGACCCUGACAUUCCUCAUCGUGGCUUCAUAUAUCCUGACAUGGGACAAGAAAGGAGUACUGUUUACUCCCUCGCCCUAUCAGCUCAGACCUGUGGUCAUCCAGAUCAGCACAGCAGCAUCCGACGUGUCUUCUGAAAAGAGUUUAAUAGACAUGAAACUGCUGGUGAAGAUCAUCGGCUCCAAGCUACAAUACACACCCAGGAAGGUGCCUGAUAAAAAGGACAUCAUUGCAACUGACUCCCAUCUGUUCACUGCAAUUCCUCGCCAGUUCUUACCUGGCAUCAAGAGCCCCUGUUGGUAUGAGGAGUUCUCCAGUAAACUCGGCACUGAUAUGUACAAGAGGAACCUCUUCACUCUGCGCUCAAAGACCUUCAAGACUGUGUGCGACCACCUGAGGACUGACUUCCACCAUAACUUACUCCACAGAAAUGGCAAGCUGUUUCGUCUGCGCUGCUUGCCAUACUUCUACAUUAUCGGCCAACCGAAGUGUGGCACAACAGACUUGUUUCACAGGCUGCUGCUGCACCCAGAGGUCAAGUUCAACACCAUGAAAGAGCCCCACUGGUGGACCAGAAAACGCUUUGGUUAUAUCCGUUUCAAAGAUGGCUUCCAGGAAAGUUUCCCUGCGGAAGACUACCUGGAUCUGUUUGACUUGGCAGCACACAACAUCCAAGAAGGAAUCAGUGGAAAUUCAUCUGGAGACCACAGUGCACUCCAGUUCAUAACAGGUGAAGCCAGUGCAUCCACUAUGUGGGACAAUCAAGCCUGGAGCUAUCUCCCUGGAGACAGGGAGGAGAAAGAGCCCCUGUUCCUGACCCAGGACUUUAUCCACACAGUCCAGCCUAGUGCCAAAAUCAUCAUCAUGCUUAGAGAUCCAGUAGAGAGGCUGUAUUCUGACUACCUGUAUUUUAAGAUGGCCAACAAGUCAGCAGAGGACUUCCAUCAAAAGGUCACAGAGUCCAUACAGUUGUUCCAGUCCUGCCUUUUGGAGAGGUCCCUUCGUUCCUGUGUCUACAACACAAACCUCUCCAAUGCUAUGCCGGUGAGGCUAAAUCUGGGGAUGUACAUUGUCUUCUUACUGGACUGGCUGACAGUUUUCCACAGGGAGCAGAUUAUAGUUCUUCGACUGGAGGACUACGCAGCCAACUUGAAAGGGACAAUCAAAAAAGUUUUUGAUUUUCUGACUGUUGGUCCUUUAUCGGAGCAGGUGGAGGCAGCACUGACCAAAAGGCCAAUGUCUAACACCCGGCGUGCGGCCGACAGGAACCUGGGCCCUAUGCUUCCAGCCACCAGAAACCUCCUCAGGGAAUUUCAUCAGCCCUUCAACCACAAACUGGCUACUGUGAUGGAGAACAAGGGCUUCUUCUGGAGUAACUCCUGAAGUGGUACGAGCUCAGAAGAAACCAGAGAAAGAAGCUAAAGCAGGGAUUACUGAUAAAAAUAUAUAUAUACAGUGGGAGAACUCUUACACAGGUGAAUAGUUGUACAUACCAUUACAUGAAUGAGUGUGUGGGUUUUGUUUGUGAUAUUUAUUUGCUUUUGAGAGAAUGUGUGAUGGAUCAAGUGAAUUAGUCAGAGCAAUGACAAUAAAAUGUGUUUGUAAGAUACUUCAACAGUGUUGGGAAGCCAUUUUAUUCAAAAUGAACUGUUACAAUCUACAGAUUCAUAAGUGUACACCUCUGAAUAAAGUUUUAACUUCAUUUAUGGCUCAGGCUGGCUUGAAUGUAAUGCAGUGAUGAUAUUGUGAUUUAUUGUGAUAAACAUCCACUAUCCCAUUUUUCUGGUCUAUUUCCCUAAUUUUUAGCUGGAAAGAUACAUAGAAAUAGUUUAGAUUUCAUAGGGUCUAAGAGAAGGCCUCACAUGAGAGUUACAGCUGUUAAAAACAAAAUAAAAAUGGCAAUAAGAUGA